GGGGGGGAGAGGGAGAGAGCAAUUUCCUCCUUCCCUCUCCAAGGGUGGGGCUGCUCCUGGGUUUGGGAGACCAGGUCUGUUCCGUGAGCUUUCGCUGUGUGUGUGUGUAUGUGUGUGUGUGUGUGUGUGCGCGCGCGAGAGUGUGUGUGUGGGGGGCGGGCACGGUGUCCCAGGAGGACAGAGUUUGCAUUGAUGAAAACCCUUCCCAGCCCUUUGAUGCCUCUUUCCCUUUGCUAAAGUGCAGCGGCUCAGUCCUCUCGCCCGGCACGCACUACGCUCACUCUCCGCCAGGAUGGCAUCCUUCCUGGCCCUGCGCGUGGCUCUUCUGCUCAUCUCUGGGGUCCUGGCCCCUGCGGUGCUCACAGCCGAGGGUCCGCAGGAGCCUGAUCCCACACUGUGGAACGAACCCGCCGAGCUGCCGUCGGGAGAAGGCCCCAUUGAGAGUACCAGCCCCGGCCAGGAGCCUGCAGCCACCGCUGCACCGCCUCCCACCUCUGUGCCCGGCCCAGAGGACAGCACGGCGCGGGAGCGGCUGGACCACGGCGGCGGCUCGCUGGGGCCCGGUGCCAUCGCAGCCAUCGUGAUCGCCGCCCUGCUGGCCACCUGCGUGGUGCUGGCGCUAGUGGUCGUCGCGCUGAGAAAGUUUUCCACCUCCUGAAGCAAAUAAAUGAGCCGCGACCGCUUGCGGGGCGACUCGGCUGCACUCCCCA